AUGACUUACACUCUCUACGACGCCUCCGUUCCCCUUCUCACCGCGGGUCUCAACACCCUGCUCAACCUCCUGACCAAGGCUGAGGCCUACGCCGCGGAGAAGGGCAUCGACGUCAAGACGCUUCUCGAUGCCAAGCUGGCCGAGGACAUGUUCCCCUUCACCUUCCAAUACCACGUCGCCACCGACUGCGCCGUCAAGAUCGUCGCCCGCGUCCAGGGCAGCGAGCCCGAGGCGUUCGAGAACAAGUUCGAGAGCGUCGCCGACCUCCGCAAGCGCGUCGAGCACACGCUCGCCAUCGUCAAGGCCGCCGACCCCAAGACCUUCGAGGACCGCACCGACGCCCUCGUCCCCCUCGGCCUCGGCUUCGGCAAGGGCGAGAUGCAGAUCCGCGCCCGUGACUACCUCGUCGCCUACGGCAUGCCCAACUUCUUUUUCCACAUCCAGGCCGCCUACAGCAUCCUGCGCAAGGAGGGCGUCCCUCUCGGCAAGGCCGAUUACCUUACUCCCUUCAUGGGUCCCUUCGUCGAGCAGCACCAGAAGUCUCAGCAGCAGUAA